AUGUCAUUUGAUCCUGAAGAUAAAGCUCCGUCUUCUCCCAAGUCAGAGCGACCUUUACUUAAUCCGCCGCCGGCGCCGCAGAGCGUGGCGGCGUUUAUGAUGGAUUUGGAUUUGGAUCUCGAAUCUUCUUGGUCUUCCGAUCAGAUCUUUACGAAUCUUAUGUCGCCGUUUCAGCUAUCGAAUUCGGAGCAGCCGUGUUCGCCUUUAUGGGCUUUCAACGAUGAGAAUAGCGAUUGUAAACCGGCUGGAAACUCCGUCCCCGGUGGAGGUUUCCGCCUCUCCAACUGCUCCAGGCGUAUGCCUUAUGCGACUAAUCCUGAGUCAAUAACCUACAAUGGAGUGGAAAAUGAUGAUAAAAGAAAACUGCCUUCACCCCUUCUUGGAUUGAGACCAAUUGAUAAUCCAGACGAGUCUUGUAUAAUCAAGGAGAGGAUGACUCAAGCUCUUCGAUACUUCAAAGAUUUGACAGGAGAGCAUGUAUUGGCUCAGGUUUGGGCACCUGUGAAGAAUGGUGGUAGGUAUGUGCUCACUACUUCGGGGCAGCCCUUUGUUCUUGACUCGGAUAGUAAUGGACUUCAUCAGUAUAGGCUAGUUUCUCUGAUGUAUAUGUUUUCUGUGGAUGGAGAGACUGACGGAGCCCUUGGACUUCCGGGUCGAGUGUUUUGGCAAAGGUUACCUGAAUGGACGCCUAAUGUGCAGUACUAUUCUAGCAAUGAAUUUCCCCGGCUGAGCCAUGCUCUGAAUUAUAACAUUCGUGGAACUUUGGCUUUGCCUGUAUUUGAACCUUCUAGACAGUCCUGUGUUGGUGUACUUGAGCUCAUAAUGACUUCCCAGAAAAUCAACUAUGCCCCUGAGGUUGAUAAAGUAUGCAAAGCACUUGAGGCCGUUAAUUUGAAAAGUUCAGAGAUAUUGGAUCAUCCAAACACACAGAUAUGCAAUGAAGGUCGCCAAAAUGCACUGGCUGAGAUCUUGGAGAUACUAACAGUGGUAUGUGAGAAUCACACAUUACCUCUGGCUCAGACAUGGAUUCCUUGCAGACAUCGGAAUGUUCUAGCAGAUGGCGGAGGUUUUAAGAAAACUUGUAGUAGCUUUGAUGGAAGUUGCAUGGGACAGGUAUGCAUGUCAACAACUGAUGUAGCAUAUUAUGUGGUGGAUGCGCAUAUGUGGGGCUUCCGAGAGGCCUGUGCAGAGCAUCACUUACAGAAGGGCCAGGGAGUUGUUGGGAGGGCAUUUGCAUCACAUAACUUGCACUUCUGUGAUGAUAUCACGCAAUUCUGCAAAACCGAGUACCCCUUGGUACAUUAUGCUCGCAUGUUUGGGUUGAAAAGUAGCGUUGCAAUUUGUUUAAGGAGCACUCAUACUGGAAACGACGAUUACGUUUUAGAAUUCUUUCUGCCUCCGAAUGUCCAAGACCAUAACAACCAACGGACCUUGUUGGAUGCAAUUUUGUUGACAAUGAGACAGCAUUUUGGGAGCUUGAGGGUUGCUUCAGGGAACGACCUCGAACAUGAAUGGAGAUCUAUUGAGAUUACAAAAGCAUCCAUGGAUGAGAAAAUUAAUUCAAGGCUUGAUUUUGCUGCAAAUUCUCCCCCAAAGUCUGCUGCCUUUCCAAAUGAAGAGGCAGUACAUCUUCAUUCAUUGGAAAAGCGGCAAUUGGUUGGAUUUAAUACCACUAAUAAUGUAGGAAGUGCUGUAUCUUUUGUUGAGAAUAAAGACACGGGCAAGAAAUCAGAGAGAAAACGGGGGAAGGCUGAGAAGACAAUCAGCCUAGAGGUUCUGCAGCAAUACUUUGCCGGGAGUCUUAAGGAUGCUGCCAAGAAUCUUGGGGUUUGCCCUACUACCAUGAAGCGCAUCUGCAGGCAGCAUGGGAUCUCCAGAUGGCCCUCUCGCAAGAUUAACAGAGUUAAUCGUUCUCUUUCUAAGCUAAAGCAUGUAAUUGAAUCUGUACAAGGUGCUGAAGGAGCAUUCACCUUGACUUCUUUGGCUACAAGUUCGAUUCCUGUUGAUGUUGGUUCAAUUUCAUGGUCAGCAAGUAUUAAUGAGCCCAAUCAACAAAGUUCACAGGGGCCUAUACCACCUGGAGGUGAUGAACUGGUGGAGAUUUUUGGAACUGUGGAACUUAUUCCGCAGCACACUGAAACAUUGCUUGGUGAAGGCUCAAACAGAUCAAAAUCGGGAAGUAGGUCGAGAGAAGAAAGCACAGGGACCCCGACUUCUUAUGGUUCAUGCCAAAAUAAUCAUUUUCUUGGAAUUGACAACUCUCAACAAAAUGAUCCAGUCUUUACGCCUGUCAAUGAAAACCACAUAAAACCCACGAGUUCACUUGAAUUGGCAUGUCAACCAACGCAGGAGAUUAAUUUAUCUGUUGCAUUGUCGAUACCCAAAGCCAAUGCUUUUGUCACAGCACCCCAAGAGCCAUUUGGAGGAAUGUUAAUCGAGGAUGCAGGAAGCUCACAUGAUCUUCGUAAUCUGUGUCCAGCUGGCGAGACUUUGUUUGAUGAACACGUUCCAGAAUACAGUUGGACGAAACCACCACGUUCUGAUUCAGUUCCUAGUUCCACGGUCGUUCCUGUAGAUCGAAUGCCACAGUUUUCUGCCAGGCCAGAACUGAAAACCAUCACAAUAAAAGCCACUUACCGAGAGGAUAUUAUUAGGUUUCGACUCUCUUUAGGCUUGGGCAUUACCAAUUUAAAGGAGGAAGUGACAAAGAGGCUGAAGUUAGAGGUUGGCACAUUCGAUAUCAAGUACUUGGACGAUGAUCAGGAGUGGGUUCUAAUUGCCUGCGAUGCUGACUUGCAGGAAUGCAUUGAUAUUUCGAGAUCAUCAGGUAGCCAUAUAAUCAGACUGUUUGUUCAUGAUAUUAUGGUCAAUAUUGGGAGCUCCUGCGACAGUUCGGGUGAAUGA